CACAGAGAGACAGACAGAGACACAGAGAGAGAGAGACACAGAGACACGUAACACUUCGCGAGUUUUAACUUAAAUCAUUGGUAAAAAACAAAGCAAAUAAAAGAAACAGAGACGGUAAUCAGGAAACGUCGGAGUUUCGGAGAGGAACGGGAUCGGGGAGACAGCGACCGGGAGGCGGGUUCGAGGCCGAACGGCGGCAGUGAGGGGGCAAACCGAGCAGCUGUUCCUGCGCCAGGAUGGACCGUGGUAACGUUCGUGUGAUAGAGAAUGACUAUCCAGAUUUGGUUGUGGAUAUUGGUGAAGCUGUUCUUGGGGAGAAACAAAGAAAGAAGAUGAAAAACAACAGAGAGCUUGAGAAGCAAAAUAUCAUUAAAGCAGCUUGUGGUCUAAUAAAUUCUGGUGGUGGAAUAAUUACUCUGAGAGUGAGGAACGAAAUGUACAAAUAUGAGAAUGAUGGAACUGGGCUAGAUAUAACUGAAGGUCUACACAAUCUAGUGAAACCAGAAAAUCUGUCAGAGUUCUUUGAAUUUCUGCAACAAGAUAAAUCAUUGUUGAUUUUUGUAAAAUCUUGGACCGGUAGAACUGAUCAAAAUGGGAAGUUGCCACGCCUUUGUACUAUAAAGUGUAAUGUGUAUCAGCGGGAACAGGCUAGAAAUUUACACUUAAGUACCAUGGAGGUAGAUCAUUUUCUUAACAAAAGAAAGAAAUUUGUUCAGUCACUUACCAAAAUUUGCAUUUCUUCUGAGUUGGACACAGGACCAACAGCAAAAAGAUCACGCCAGGGCCCUGAGGUUAGGGGUAAUGAUGUUGCAAUUAUGGAAUUAGCUAAAGUUGUCUUUGAAAAAGCAAAGUCGAAAUGCCCGUUUAAAAGUGGUGUAAAGUUGAGCGUUGCAGAAUCUAAACAUGUUGAAUAUAAAGAGUUUUCUUCUUCUCUUAAUUUGACGAAAAUGAAAGAGAAAUUGUACGAAUGCAUCUCUGCAUUUGCAAACGCAGAAGGUGGGUUUUUAUUUUUUGGUGUGGAUGAUGAAUCCAAAGUUGUUGGUUGUGCAAAUGAUUUUCCAAACUGUGAUGCUGUUCACGAAAAGAUUGCAGAGAUGUUAGAACAUUCCCUUAUAAGUUACCCUUCAGAGGAAAAUUAUGUAGAAUUUCAUGUGGCUGAAGUUUUGGAAGAACUAAAAUGCAUCGGCUAUUUAAUAGCUUUUCGUGUGAAGCCAUGCUAUGUUACGUUUGCUCACAAACCUGAAUGUUGGAAGAUAGAAGAUAAAGAAAUUAAGAGCCUGGAACCCAACGAAUGGCUUGAGAUGAUGACAGCUACGGAUCCUGAUAUUGAAAAACUUGCUCUGAACAUUGAGAAUGCAUUACGUAUUACUGAGGCUCCCCCAUCGUGCAAGGCCGUGUGCUCAAUCGGAGAAGCUGGACGUUUGGAUAAAUUGCAAAAUAAGCUCUUUAAAGUUAACCGUGAUGAGCUGAAACACAUGCCGGAUGACUUAUAUCAAGAUCUGUCACAGGAAUAUCCAGGCCUGAGAAAUGUGGUACCAGAAAUGAAACCUUCAGGAAGUGUUGGACUUCUGAUUUUCUCAAGAAGCUGGGCUGUUGACAUUGACCUCCCAAAGAGCCCAGAUAUAAUUUGUGAUGCACUGUUAAUUGCUACAAAUAACACUCCAGUACUGUACACAGUCGCCAAACAGAAAAACAAUGAAGUGCUCCAACAUUCAAAGAAAACUGCAUUUAAUCUCAAGCAAAAAAUUGUGAACGUGGGAGGCUAUGCAGGAAAACUCUGUGUGAUUCCAAAGAUCCUUCAGUAUCCUUCAGAGGAAAACUCUGACACAUCGGUUGAAGAAACAGAAGAUGAAAGCAUUCAGUAUCCACAUAGCUACCUCUUAGGACACAGUACCACUGUUCAAGACGUGCUGAAAGCGCUCACCAUUGUUUUGCUGAAUUUUAGAAGUUUCCUGAGUUACGACCUCAGCUGUGAAUUUCUCAGUCUUCUAACAAUAGAACAGUUCAAUAUUCUUCAUUCACGAUUCAAUAUUGAGAAAUGCAAAAAACUCUUCAUCCAUGGUCUUCCUGGAACCGGCAAAACCAUCAUUGCCAUGCAGCUCAUUGAAAGAAUCCGCAACACCUUCAAUUGUGAGAGUCAUGAGAUCCUCUACAUUUGUGAAAACCAGCCACUGCGGAAUUUUAUACAGCAAAGAGAUCUUUGCACAUGUGUGACGAGGACUACAUUCAUAAAGGAGGAUCCGUUCAACAAAGUCAAACACAUUAUCGCCGACGAAGCUCAGAAUUUCCGCGCUGAAUCUCCCAACUGGUAUGAUAAAGCUGAGGGUAUCAGGAAGAAUCCACAUACACACCCCAAUGGACCAGGAGUCUUCUGGAUUUUCAUGGACUAUUUCCAAACUUCCCACACAUCUGAAACUGGGCUGCCUAAUAUUAAUGAGCAGGAUCCAGAAACUGAACUGACUGUAAUCGUACGGAAUGCUAAAAGAAUACACAAGUUUGCCCGUAAGGCCAUGGAACAGAUAAUUGAGAUACAGUUUGGUCAAUCAGAUAGACAACACGCUGUGCAUCUAAGAAAUCUGCUUGAUGCAAGUGCUUGUGUGCACUCAUUUCCAGGCAUGUUGUACAUUGAGGAAUGUGAGACCCGACAUGCGAUUGUACAAUACAUAGCAACUAAGAUAAAGGAUUAUCUUAAGAAUGGCUAUGCAAAGAAACAGAUUGCUAUUUUAUGUAGCACCAAGGCAGAUUCUGAAUUUUACAAGCCUCAGUUGGAAAAGCAGCUCAGGAAAAUCAGACCAAUUGUGUCCUUAGGAACAGCAGAUGGAGCACCUUGUGAUUGGAUUGUUUUAGACAGUAUACGGCGAUUUUCAGGUCUAGAGAGGAGUAUUAUAUUUGGCAUCAACCCAAAAGCUCAUGCUUCUCAACAUGAAAUAGAACCUAAUCUUAUGGUGUGCCUGGCAUCACGAGCUAUGGCCCAGCUCCACCUGUGUAUAUUCUAGAGCUGAGUUGAAGAUUGAGGGUUCAAAUCCCAAUGUCGGGUCUCCGAACCCAUAUUCAGUCUAGGCUGGCACUCCAAUGCAGUGAGUGUUAGGGGUGUAAUAGUGUCACUAUAACAAGCUGUUUUAAUUAAUUACAGCAUCUGUAAUAAUCAAUGGGAUUUAGUGAUUGGGAAAUUAAUCAGGGUUAAUGGGUUUAAGAAGUUAUUAUAGAUAGCAUGAUCAACAAAGUCUAGCAUUUUAAUUGAGGGACCGUUGAUCACUCAGAUAUUUUGUGCUUUUGAUUACGGAACAGUGAGGCAGAUGAGAGGUCCCAGCACCUGUGUCAUGAUUUCCCUUUAAGGAACCACUGAUUUGGACCUCAGCUGACAGUUUAAUGUCUGCAAUUGGUUGUGUGAACAGUUGGUUUGAUUAUAUUUUCCAUCAAUUUUGUUUAGUUUUUGUUCCAGCGCAUUGGGACGUCCUCCCAACGUGAAAGGCGCUAUACAAAUGUAAUCUUGUUGUUGUUGUAGUUGGUCAGAGGAUCAUGACAUCUUAGCUAUCACUUGUACCUGAAUCUUUGUUUCUUUUCUCUGGUAAUCAAGGAUCUCUCAAGAAUCUUCUUGGAAAUUGGUUUUGCACGUGGGGAUUAUCUAUAUGGCAUAGUCUACUCUCAUUGUAAUCAUGUAGAUACUAGAUGGCUGUUAGCAAACAAAUAUCGGCUUUUUAAUCCAAUUGGGACACAUUACAGUUAUUUCAUCAAUGGGUUUUCACUGUUAUUGCAACUUUUUUAAAAAAAACUGGUGACAUCUUAUAACUUCAUUAAUGAAUUCUAGAUAAUGUUUCCGAAAGGCAAAUAAAGAUUGGUUUGUAACCACCAA